AUGUCAGAUGGAAAUGUCACACUAGCCUCCAAUGUGCUCGGCACAAUUGGCACAGUACUCUGGUGUGUCCAGUUGAUUCCCCAGAUCUGGUAUAACUGGCGAAGAAAGAAGACAGAUGGAUUUCCAGCUACUAUGAUGUUCCUAUGGGCGAGCUGUUCGGUCCCAAUGGGUGCAUAUCUUAUACUGCAGCGAGUGAACAUCCCAUUACAGAUCCCGUAUAAUAAAGGUGUCACAUGGCCAGAUAUUGUGGUUGGUGUAGUUGCUACCAUUUUCUUGGCUGGGGGCUUGUUGCCUCCAUACUUUGAAUUAUGGAAGAGAGAUGGCCGUGUUAUUGGAUUCAACUGGGUAUUUCUAUCCAUAGACACUCUGGGUGGACUGUUUUCUCUAUUUGCCUUAGCGGCUCAAGGAAGCUUCGAUAUUCUUGGUGGCAUUAUGUAUAUCCUCGUUGUCGUCCUUGAAGGAGGAAUCUAUGUCAGCCAUAUUGUCUGGCGUAUUCGCUACCGCAAGCUUCGCAAAGAGGCGAAAAUGCGCGGAAUAAGUAUUGAUGAUCUACUUAAUUUGACAAGAAAUGAUACAGAAGAUACUCGAGACACACAUAUAGGGGUGCUGGAUUCCUCGGGCGAUGUCGAGAAGCAAGAGCAAGCAUUACCCCGAACCGACGGGGAGUUGGUCGCGGGUCAGAGAAUUGAUAGUUGA